UAUAGCCCCUGCACCGCACCUGUCCGAUCUCAAGUAGCCACAAGUGAUCGGAGGCGCGUAGCUUGCGCAAUGUCGUUAGCCAUGGAAGUCGAGGCCAUCGGCCAAGAAACCAUCGCCGCAAUCACGAUGAUCGAGGACGGCGACGAUGACGAGGUGCUGACCAGCGACGACGGGGGCAGCUACAGUCACGGAGAGAUGAUGGUCACCGACGACGACGAGGAGCUGUUCGAGCUCGACAUCACCUUCCUCCGCGGCGACAACGAGCACGGCCAAGACCGACACGAUACGCACGGCGCUGGUGAUGGCGCCCAUGCCCUGAUGGCCAACUGCCUGCUGCCAGUGAGCUCGGUCAGCAUGGCGGUGCCGGUCACGGACAGCAACACCGUCUCAUCCUACUAUGCCUUCUCCACGUACAGCAGCUCGAGGAAGUCCGGCAUCAGCGGCGGUGGCAAGAGGAGGCUUGGGCGAGCAGCUGCUGACGGCCGCAAUUCCACUUGGGCGAGGUUUCGCCUCUCGAGCAGGGGAUUCGCAACCAUGGGGAAUUUUCAGAGAUAGCAGCUCCGUGUAUGCGCGAAGGAAAGGUCAGAUGUAAAUGUGAAAUAGCACAGACCAUGUGAAGAAAUAGAACCUCAGAGUAUGCGCGAAGGAAAGGUCAGAUGUAAAUGUGAAAUAGCACAGACCAUGUGAAGAAAUAGAACCUCGGAUGUAAAAGUCAGA